AUGUGUUCUUGUGUUUCUUUAGCCUACAAAGAGAAGGUGAAAGAGCUCCCCCUGGUGUCUCUAUUCUGCUCCUGCUUCAACCCACAGAUCGAGAAGAACACGUACAAAGCAGAGGCAGAUGCGGUGGACCUGGGCUGGUGCAGUAUCAAAGAUGUGGAGGUGAUCGAGCUGAACAAGCGUGCUUCAGGACAGGCCUUUGAGGUGAUCCUGAAGCCCCCCUCCUUCGACGGAGCCCCCGAACUCAACACCUCCAUGCCCCAGCGCAGAGACCCAUCCCUGGAGGAGAUCCAGAAGAAAUUGGAGGCUGCCGAGGAGAGGAGGAGGAUCCAGGAGGCGGAGCUGCGGAAACAUUUGGCGGAGAAGAGGGAGCACGAGCGUGAGGUGAUCCAGAAGGCCUUCGAGGAAAACAACAACUUCAUCAAGAACGCCAAGGAGAAGCUCGAGCAGAAGAUGGAGGCCAACAAGGAGAACCGCGAGGCUCUGCUGGCGGCCAUGCUGGAGAGGCUGCAGGAGAAGGACAAACAUGCAGAGGAAGUGAGGAAGAACAAGGAGCUGAAGGAGGAAGCCUGUCGGUAG